CUAAAUAACAAUGACAAAACAAACAACCCAAAAUCCAUUUUUCUAUAACCAGCCUUCAUCUUCUUCCAACGAGAGCCGCCCUCCAAACCACCUCCGUCGCCGAAAAUCUGCAGUUAAUAAGUCCUUCUGCCGCCGACUGAGAGGGCUCCAAGCGAACCACCUCUAUCCUACCGUCGGACUCCUCUAGCAGCCAGUACUCCUCUGUCCUGAUCGGAGUCUUCCCUCUUGCCCUGAUCGGCUUCGUUCCUUCUCUGUCCUCACCGACGUCGACGCGUCAUCACUCCUCCCCAGGCGGCUUUUGUUUGGUAUCGUUAUAUAUAUAAUCUAUGUGAUGAAAAUACAGAGAGGGGGUAUAUGUCCUGAUAAUUAAGCGGGUAUAGUUAGCGGUAAGCCCUUCCCUCCAUUUGCCACAAUUAACACCAAAUAUGUUAAGAAAUUUGGGGAGAACCUUGGUUGAUAUACAGCGUACUGAGUUGAUCUUCAAUGAUCAAUAUGAUGAUGGGUUUGUAUGUUUUCUAUUUUGGAAUAUGAGUAGGUAGGUUGAGAGAUGUUCAUAGAGAAAGAAGAGAGGCGAUGGAUGGAGAUCUCACUGAAGAGUGACUUCAUCGGCGGCUGCACUAACCACAGGGCGCUACUGAAGAACGAUAGUAACGGGAGUGGCGGCCGGCGGUCAGGGUCGGCGGUGGUUGAAAUCAAAACUGUAGUAGCAAUUUGUACGGGGUUUUGUUUAUUAUAAUAAAAUAUUUUUAACAAUAAAAAAACGAGAAGGAUAAAAGGGUAAUAGCAAUUUGUAAAUUAGGGCGAUUAUCGUUAAGUUAGGGCGUCAAUUAGCAACUCCCAAAAUUUAAGUCACCUUUCACAAAAAUAAAUUAGCAUAAAGAUGCAAAGUAUACAAUACAAAGCGUUUGAAAAAAUGUGUUUGUCGUGUCUUAUAAACAACCAUGAAUUCUAUCAUAUUUAAUUAUUUAUAACAUCAAACACAACAAUAACCCAAAAUUUCAAAUAUAUUUCAAAAUGUCCUUUUUUUAGGUAAUAUAGAUUCUUUUUGUUAUUUAGUUACUACUCAACAUAUUCGAACAAUAAGUGUUAUCAAUUCUGAAAGUUUAUGAAGAGUAAGCUUUCAAUUAAGCAAAGACAUACGGAAAAUGUCUGUUUAUUUGAAAACUUACUCUUUAUGGACUUCAUAAUUGAUAACACGUACUAUUCUAAUAGAUCCAAAUCAACAAUUAGUGAUGAGAAUUUCAACGUGGUCCAUUUUAUCCAAACUGUUUAGUCACUUUGGACGAGUAUACCCACACGGUAAGAAAGUAGGAUAGGCGCAUGAAUACUCUCGUCAAUCUUACAUACACCCCAUAAUAAAUUAUAACAUCAACCCAACCCAACUUGCCACGAAAUAAGUAUGAGUAUAUGUCAUUCCUUUCUACAGUACUCAUUAGCUUCCGAGGAAAAUAAGUCCACAAUUCCUGUUAGUAUAUGCUUCUCAAGAUCUCCACCAUUUUUCAACAUACGCAUCAGUUCCUUUCUGUUUAAUGGAAUCACAAUCGAGUUCUAGGACAAAAAAAAAUCGAAAAUGAUAAUACUUUUUUUUUUUUUUUUUGAGUGAUGGUUAGGGUUUGUAAUCUUCCAUCGCAUAUGGUCACAAGCACCUAAGAGACACAUCUCCUUUUAACAACAACCAGCUUCUAAUCCUAAACUCCACCAGCAACCUUCUACAAUGUUGAAGGUAGCAUUACGCCCCACUGAAGACUACUGUUGUUGAUGUGCCUUGGUUGCCAAGAAGAUCAUUUGUAUUCUGGUUUCUAGGUCCCAACUCGUGCUUUCGAAUGCGGAGAAACCAUGCUAAAGUUGGAAACGAUUCUCUUCUUGACUGCUAGUAUCAGUAUUUGAUCUUUACCUUCAUCUAUGCAAACUGCAAAGUACUACUACUGCUACCUCUCGCGCUCCUCGUAAGAGUGCAGGAAGAGGUAGCAGCAGGCAGAGACAGACAGACAGAUCUUCACAUAUUGCAGCUAUGAAUAAGUGAAGACAACCAGUGACCGGGACAAGCCGGUGGUUCAUUUUCAUUUACAGCAGUAGCUAAUAGACCACACACGCCUUCAUGAUGUUGCGAAUCGCGCGACGAGCAAUGAAGCACAUCUUUUGGAUGCUUAGUGCCAGUGUCAAUUAUGAAGAACUGGCGCUUCCUCCCAUUGCAAUUGCAAAAGCAUCCACUACAAUCUUACAGCACACUGGUUCAAAACAAGAUAACGCCAAUUCUAAAGUUGAGCACGUUGCUGCAUUCUGAUCCCUAAUUCAUGACUCAGAGUAAAACCCCAAAUCGAGAGCCAUCCUGAAAUUAGGAACCCUAAUAAUCUCAAACCCUAAACAUCACUGCGGAAUUCCAUCGAACGCACGCACACAGUUAUGACUGCAAUCGCAUAAUAAGAAACCAGGGGAAUCAAAAUCUACAUUACUCGUAGUACACUGCAAUGUUCAGCAACAAACCCUUGACACCUAUCUAAAAUUAUUAUCGCUAGAAGGAGAGGCGGAGAAGCUAACUGCGAGAGUGGAAACAGAGACGCAGAAGCUUUCGGCGGCCAUGGGAGGAGUUGAAUCGCGUUCAGUUGAUGUCGGAGUCGUCGAAGUCAUCCUCGAAAUUGUUGAAGAAAUCGGCGUCGGCGAGCUUGCUCUCGUUCAUCAUGCUUUCGCUGAACAUUUCGAGCGGGUCGACGUCGUCGACGUCCAUCGCCACCGUCGACCCUUGCUCUUCCAUCUCCGCGAAGAAAUCCAUCUGCAUCGGCCUCAUCUUCUCCAGUGCUGAUCUCCGAUCAAUCCCUCACCCUCUUCUCUUCGCAAAAGAAAAUUCCAGAAGCCCAACGAAAAUAAUAUCUCAGGCUAGAC